CCAGCUGUUGCGGGCCUGCACGAGAGGAUGUUCACAACCACAUAUAAAUCAACUCGUUUGCGCUCUAGCUGCCGUAUUUCGCUUCUAGUACCUCCAGUACAAAUAUCAUCGAAGGGUGACCUUCGUACAGUACUGACUGUUGUUUAGGGUGAAUGCAUUAUGCUGUUGUUGCGAAGAGCUUCAGUGUGGGUGCUAAUUGCACAAGUGGUUGCGUUAAGUGCGCUACAAUCUGAGGAGGCGAUUGUGUAUCCGGAGUUCCUAGAGGAAAGGUCCGAUAAUGGCGCCCGAACAGUGAAGAUCAAGGACGACCUGACCCUGAGCUUAGUGCAGAAGUCACCGUUUCCUGAACGUCUCCAUCUUCGAACGCCCCAACAGGAUGGUUCGGUACUCAACACUUAUGUUCCGUCGUCGCCGUACUCGUCCAAGCUAUUCCAGGAUGAGGACAACUUCGCAUCUCUCGUGGUGACCAACAACAACGGCUUUCAUUUUCAAGGCAUGAUUGGCGAUGAUUUGCGCAUCGAACCUCUGCUCACAGCUGAGCGUUCCUCAGAAGGUCGUGUAGCUCACAGGCUGUACAAGGUGGAAGAAGUGCGUUCUGACACUCCGAUUUACCAGUACGUUUCAGCGCCAGCUACAAGUAGAGCAGUCCGUAGCGUCGACAAUAUGAUUGCACCGUUAUAUCAGAUUGCGGAAAAGGGCAUUGGAGCCACGGGGACACUGAUGAAGAACCGCAUACCAAAGGGGGUGAAGCUCUCAUCUGAACUGCAACUCAACGCCAAGGGACGAGGAAUCUCAGAGGUGCGGGAGAAGCCGCGAUGCAAGAAUGUGCUGUUUGCGGUGAGGCGUGCGGCCUGUCCUUCAGAGGGUGGUCAUCAUUUCGGUGGCCUUGAGGUACUCAAAGAGCGCCUUGGUAACAUCCCGUUGCCCAGGGCGCGGGACAGGCCCGAGGAGUGUAGCGGGCGAGAGGGGGUGGUGGCCCAAGGCUUGGAGGCGUCGGGGGAGGGCGGCACGGGCCGCGGAGAACGUCUGGCACGUUAA